AUGUUUAGAUCCGGUAAACGAUUUCGAUCAGGUUACUGCGUAUUCAAGAAAAUUGCAGUUUUGAAGCCGAUAUCAGUUACGAGUUCAGGUGAUGCAAACAACGAAUGGUCGUCGUUCGAUUUUCUGCUCAGUUUACCUGAGUACGAAGAGAAGGGCAUCAGAUGUUUUUCGUCGAUCUUUCUAGAAUACAAGACCGUGUUCACGUAUUUGAAACAAGUGUUCUUGGCAGCCGUCAUCCCUGUGGGUUGGUACAUUCAGCAGAAACCGUGUAACAUGACGCCCGAAGAGUUGGUCGAGUGCACGGCGAAGCAUGGGAGACAGAAGUUGUUCGGCUUAACCGCCGAAACGAUGGAACGAAUUGAGAGAAGACAGAAAACGGUAGAAAAGGAAACCGGCGAAAGAGAAGCGGUGGUCAGGGAAGAGACGUCGUGUCCACCGUGCCACCUACGGAAGCACACGGAGAUAGUAGUGAACCGGACGAGCAGCGUCAGGUUCAAAGUGAAUCGCAAUUAUCUCUUUUACUGUGGUUCUGAAGCCGACCGACAACGGAUCAGAUGGGGCAAAAUGGGCGGCGACAAAAUACCGACUUGCUUUUCCCGAGCAAGGGUCUACGCCCGGCAGAACGAAUUGCACAUCCAUGCCAUACAGCCUGAAGACGCGGGGGUCUACUGGUGCCGCAAGGGAAGCGCGAAGAUCGCCUCGCUG